AUGCUAUGGAGAUGCAGUUGGGUAAAGCAGAGGAGAAAAAUCCUUAACGCGCUCAGUUUCUCUUCGAUUGACGGUCAGUUCUCGCCGAAAGCAAGAGAAACCGGUGAAUUUUCUCGUCGAGUUGCUCUGAAACCACUCACCCACGACGAUGUCUACUCUCGUUUACGAGAAUCCCCUUCCGACCUAAAAACUUUGAGUUUCUUCUUCUGGUGCGCGAAGCAAAACAACUACUUCCACGAUGACCGAGCAUUUGAUCACAUGGUCGGCGUUGUUGAGAAACUAGCUCGGCGAUACAAAAGCGUUGAUCGAGUCGUGGAGGAGUUGAGACUAUCAGGCUGUGCAAUCAAGCCUCGAGUUUUAUUGCUAUUGCUGGAAAUCUUUUGGCGUGGUCAUUUAUAUGACAAGGCUAUCGAGGUUUACAAAGGCAUGAGUAGUUUCGGAUAUGUGCCCAAUACUCGUGCCAUGAACAUGAUGAUGGAUGUUCUUUUCAAAUACGAUCUUGUUGAUCGAGCUCUGGAAGUUUUCGAAGGGAUCCGUGUUCGGAACUUCUUUAGUUUCGACAUUGCGUUGAGUCACUUGUGCAGUAGAAGGGAUUCGGUUAAGGUUAAGAUAGUUUUGAAGAUGAUGAUUAGGGAAGGUUUUUAUCCCAACAGUGAGAGGUUUGGGCAGAUCCUUGGAGUGUUCUGUAGAACAGGCUGCGUCGCUCAAGGGUUUCAAGUGGUUGCAUUGAUGGUUUGUAGUGGAGUCUCCGUGUCUGUUAAUGUCUGGAGCAUGUUGGUCAGUGGGUUUUUCCGUUCAGGAGAGCCUCAAAAGGCGGUUGAUUUGUUCAACAAGAUGAUUCAGAUCGGUUGCUCCCCGAAUCUAGUGACGUAUACUAGUUUACUCAAAGGGUUUAUGGAUCUUGGAAUGGUGGACGAAGCGUUUAGUGUGCUAAGUAGAGUGCAGUCUAAAGGUUUAGCUCCAGAUAUUGUUCUUUGCAAUGUGAUGAUACACACCUUCACAAGACUCGGGAGGUUCCAAGAAGCUCGCAACGUGUUCACCAGCUUGAAGAAAAGGAAGCUUGUGGCGGAUCGUUAUACUUUUGCUUCGGUGGUGUCUAGUGUAUGUUUGUCUAGAGAGUUCGAUCUGCUUCCUAGUUUCGCCGAUGGUAUAGGAACGGAGUUAGAUCUGGUAACCGGAAACUCGCUCAUAAACUGUUUCUCCAAGAGUGGUCACGGCUCGUACGCGUUGAAAGUAUUCUGCAACAUGUCUAACAAAGAUUUAGCUUUGGAUUGUUAUACGUACACUGGAUUUCUCACUGCGCUCUGUCUAGGAGGUGCUCCAGCUCGCGACGCAGUUGGUAUUUACGAAAAGAUCAUCAGAAAGAAGAUCCGUCUCGAUGCUCAUUUUCAUACUGCGAUGAUCGACGGUCUUGUGGAGGUUGGUGAAUACAAUACUGCGCUUCGUUUGUUUAACCGAUGCAUCUUGGAGAAGUAUCCGUUAGAUGUUGUGUCGUAUACGGUAGCAAUCAAGGGACUUGUGCGUGCUAAAAGGAUCGAUGAAGCUUGUUCUGUCUUAUCCAAGAUGAGAGAAGCUGGGGUUAUGCCGAAUCGACGGACUUAUCGGACUAUUAUCUCCGGUUUGUGCGAGGAGAAAGAGAAGGAUAAAGUGAAGAAGAUUUUAUGGGAAUGCAUUGAGGAGGGAGUUGAGUUGGAUCCUAACACUAAGUUCAAAGUGCUUUGUCUCUUGUCUCGAUAUCACAGAGAUGUUUCUGAGUUUAGAUCUGUUUUUGAGAAAUGGACGUACAACUUUGAUGUUUCUGGUUCAUGCGAUGAAUUAUCUGUUUCUUCCGGCUGA